GCGCCAGCCGCGGACCACGUGCCAAGCCCUGCGUUGAGUGACAAUCACAACAAUCAUGGCUUCAGCUAUCUCUAAAACCUUUCUUGUCGGUAUUUGAUUCCGCAAGCUUUGUCAUGUCCGAACCAUGCACACUGGACACCUGGUCAAGCCAGACCGGCGGGGCGGCUUGAUGUUAUCCCCACGUAUAAGUAGCCCAACUGUUCUUUGGAGAUUUCCAGAUCUAUUCCUUGGAUAACAAUACAACUGCAAUCUCCUCUUUGCAAACUUCACAGCUAGAUUCUAAAUUCCAUUUUUUUUCGAACCCAUCUUGCACCCAGCACCAACUUCAAGAACCCAACCAUGACAAUCCAGAGCAGUGUGUUUCGAGGCAUCGAGGGUGUUGUGAAGAAGGUCCCACUCGAGAUUCCAUCCGAAUUGGGACCUAAGCAGGUACUCAUCAAGAUCACGCACUCCAGUCUUUGUGGAACAGAUGUCCACUUUAUCCCACACAGUGCCGCACUCGGCCAUGAGGGUAUCGGUGUUGUUGAGAAAGUUGGGAGCGAGGUCACCCAAUUCAAAAUUGGAGAUCGAGCUGGAGCAGGAUACCUUCGUGACAGCUGUGGACAUUGUGAUUACUGCUUGAGGGGUCAAGAUAUCUACUGCUAUGAGCGAAACGUCUACGGCGAAAGCGACUUCAGCGCGGGAACUUUCGGGGAUUAUUACAUCGGUGUUGAGUCCUACCUCCACAGGAUCCCAGAUAACCUCCCUUCCGAGUAUGCUGCCCCACUUCAGUGCGCCGGCAGCACUGUCUACCAGGCUAUUAUCAGCUCCGCCAAGCCAGGAGAUCGCGUCGGCAUAAUUGGUAUUGGUGGGCUCGGUCAUCUUGCCAUUCAGUUCUCGGCCAAAAUGGGCUAUGAAACUGUUGUCUUGUCAACUUCCGCAGACAAGGAGGCUGAAGCCAGGGCAUUCGGUGCUUCGGAGUUCCACCUUUUGAGUGAACCCGAGAAGAUAACCAAGCCCAUCAAUGUAUUGAUCGUUACUGGUAACCACUACCCAGAUUGGGCGAGGCUCAUGAAGAAGGAUAUCCUUGCUCGUGGCGCUGAUAUCGUCUGUCUUUCUGCACCUACUGCCCCAAUUGAACUUCCGAGCUUCCCAAUGUUCUUCGAGGUCUACAACUUCAAGUCCUCACUUGUGGCGUCUCGUGGUAUUCACGAUGACAUGUUGAAAUUCGCCGCACACAAUGGAAUCAAGCCCACGAUCGAGACUUUCAGCUUCACUGAGGAAGGUUUCGCUGAGGCAUUGGCAAAGAUGAAUUCUGGCAAGUUGAGAUAUAGGGGUGUGCUUGUUGCAUAAGCUCUAGGACCAGCAGCGCAGUGGUUGUCUACUAUUCCGACAUCCUCAACCCACUCUGUUUCCUCUGUUCAGCUUCUCAGAAAUAGACAUGCUCUACACAACUCAAGUUAC